UCACAUGCAUGCAUCAUGCCACAACCAAGCAGCAUGUCACUUGCUUCCAUUGCCACCCUUCUCCACCUCGCGUUCACGGCAGGACUUGCGGCGGACACCGUCUCGGCGCGGCGGCCGCUGCGGGGCAACGACACGGUGGUCUCGCCGCAGGGCAAGUUCGAGCUCGGCUUCUUCAGCCCCGGCGGCUCCGGACGGUUCUACCUCGGCAUCUGGUACAAGAACGUGCCCGAGCAGACCGUCAUCUGGGUCGCCAACCGUGUCAAUCCCCUGUCCACUGUUGCCGCCUCCUCCACCGAGCUCCGUGUCUCUUCCUCCUCCGGCAACCUCGAGCUCGUCGGGCUCACCCCAUCCGGAUCCUCUGGCUCUGCCACGCCAGCCGUCGUGUGGUCGUCGAACCUGUCGUCGUCGUCGUCGUCGUCGUCGUCCAACGUUGCCGUGAUGCGCGACAACGGCAACCUGGUCCUCCUCGACGGCGGCGACAGCAACUCCACCGUGCUGUGGCAGAGCUUCGACCACCCGACGGACACGCUGGUACCCGAGGCGUGGCUGGGCGAGGACAAGGUCACCGGCGAGUACCAGACGCUGACGUCGUGGCGCAACGCCGAGGACCCAUCGCCGGGGAUGUUCACCAACACGGUGGACCCUUACAACGGCAGCAGCAGCGAGUUCUUCUACCUCUGGAACGGCUCCCACGCCUACUGGCGCAGCGGCGUCUGGACGGGCCGCGUCUUCGCCAACGUGCCGGAGGCCGUCAACAACGUGCUCUUCAACGAGACCUACGCCGACACGCCGGCGUACCGCCGCGUCACCAGCGUGCUCUACGACAACGCCACCGUCACGCGCUUGGUCAUGGACCUCACCGGCCAGACCAAGCAGUUCAUCUGGGUCCCCGCCACCCAGAGCUGGCAGUUCUUCUGGGCGGCACCCACCGUCCAGUGCGACGUCUACGCGCUCUGCGGCGACUUCGGCGUCUGCAACCAGAGGACCCAGCCGCCGUGCCAGUGCCCGCCUGGGUUCGCGCCGGCGGCGGACCGGGACUGGGGGCUCAGCGACUGGACCGCCGGCUGCCGUCGGACCCUGCCGCUCCAGUGCGGGGGCAACGGAUCGACGGACGGCUUCCUGGAGCUGCCGGACAUGAAGCUCCCUGACGAUGACGACACGGCGCUGUCCAUGGCGGCCGCCCAGAGCAAAACAGACUGCGAGUUGGCUUGUCUAAACAACUGCUCCUGCCAGGCCUACACCUUCUCUGCCGGCGGCGGCGGCGGCUGCGCCGUCUGGCACCACGGAUUCCGCAACCUUCAGCAACUGUUUCCAGGCGAUGCCGGGGGCGGGGGUUCAUCGUCGUCGGCGUCGUCGAGCCUGUACCUCCGGCUGUCGGAAUCUGAACUGCGGCAUCUGCGCGGCGCCAAGGGGAGGAGCAAGAACAGGCGGUGGCUCGCCAUUGGCAUCGUUUUGGCUUGCGUUGCCGCACUGGGCGUAUCGGCAGUAGCAGCGUGGAUCCUCGUGUCCAGGAGACGACGACGAGCUGAAAUGGCGAAGCAGCAGAAGGGCUCCUCGUCCCUUGUAGUGUACAGCUACGGCGACCUCCGGUCGGCGACGAGCAACUUCUCGGAGCGGCUGGGCGGCGGAAGCUUCGGCUCGGUGUACCGCGGCGUGCUGAACGGAGACGGACACACCCAAGUGGAAGUGGCCGUCAAGAAGAUGGAAGGUCUCCGGCAGGGCGACAAGCAGUUCAGGGCGGAGGUGAACACGCUAGGCCUCAUCCAGCACGUCAACCUCGUCCGGCUCCUCGGCUUCUGCUGCUCCGGCGACGACGACGACGACGGCGACAAGCUGCUGGUGUACGAGUACAUGCCCAACGGCUCCCUGGAGUCGUACCUCGCCGGUUCGUCGUGCCCUAGCUGGCGCCACCGCUACGGCGUCAUGGUCGGCACCGCCAGGGGACUCGCCUACCUCCACGACGGCUGCCGGGAACGCAUCAUUCACUGUGACAUCAAGCCGGAGAACAUACUUCUGGACGGGGAUUUCACGCCCAAGAUCGCAGAUUUUGGGAUGGCGAAGCUGGUCGGGAGAGACUUCAGCCGGGCGCUCACCACGAUGCGUGGCACCGUCGGGUACCUCGCGCCGGAGUGGAUCUCCGGGAUGCCGAUCAGCGCCAAGGCCGACGUGUACAGCUUCGGGAUGGUGCUGUUCGAGCUCAUCUCCGGGCGGCGCAACACCGCCACCGGCGAGGGCCGGCGGCGGCGGCGGCACGGCGCCUCAUCGGACGCCGACGACGACGACGAAGACAGGGAGGCUACGACGACGUUCUUCCCGGUGUGGGCGGCGGUGAGAGUGGCGGAGGGGGACACGGCCGCCGUGGCGGACGCGCGGCUGCGCGGCGACGUGAGCGAGGACGAGCUGGAGCGCGCGUGCCGGGUGGCGUGCUGGUGCAUCCAGGACGAGGAGGCGCACCGGCCGACCAUGGCGCAGGUCGUGCAGGCGCUGGAGGGCGUCGUCGACGUCGACAUGCCGCCGGUGCCCCGGGCGCUGCAGCACCUCGCCACGACCACGCUGACAUAAUCAAUCGUGGCGUGUCGUGUGUGCGCGCUCACUGGUGGUACGGUGGUGGAAUGUGAAUGUGUAACUCAUCUUUUUUUUUGAAAAAAUAUGUGUAACUCAUCUCCAUCGGCAGGCGUAGUGAUGUGAUGAUAACCUUGUGUAAUUAUGGAACCUCUUUCAUGU